AUGAGGGUAUUGCUUCUAUUUUUAUUUUUAAUAUCCCACUAUGGGACGGUUCUGCCCCAAGGGCAGGUACCGCUUGAUCGAGGACUCCAACAGCCUCGACAAUCCAUCCGAAAUACUCUUGGAGGAGUUUAUUCUAACAACAUCACACUGUUCUUCCGCAAUUCACCCUACAGGGUAAUGACGGAUUUGACAGUUGAAGUUGGGGCGACCUUAACGAUCGAGACGGGUGUCCAACUGUACUUUGAUACUGGAGUUGGUUUGAAGAUCAAAGGAGCCAUUCAAGCUAUCGGAAAUGAGUUCGCACACAUUGAAAUGCUUCCAUAUCAACAACAACUCAAUUAUGAUGAUACGUUACCGGAUUUUCGACUCAUCGAUGGUCCAACUGUUCGACAGGGAAGAUUACAAAUGAGGUUCCGAGAUAGGUGGAGAUCAGUUUGCACAAUGGUGACCAACUGGACAAGUAUCGAUACGAGUGUGGCAUGUCGGUCAAUGGGAUUUGCUGAUGGAGGCUUUCACAAGUGGUAUCUUCGAAACAAUGAAUCAUAUCCUGUUGCUUUACCUCGUCCCAAUUGUCACCCCGGAGCCAAUUCAUUGUGGGAUUGUGGUGGACUAUCAAAUCUCGAUCGAAUCAAAAUGAGCGAAAAUUUAUGCCAGGGUGAAGACGAUAUUGGAAUUGUUUGUUGGGGUCCUCCAAUAUUCAGAGGAUGGGCUCGUCAUUGGAAAGGUUUACAAAUUUUCAACUCACCCUUUUAUUACGUCAAUGCUGAUCCCGAUAUGGUGGCUGUUCAGAAGGAGUCUGCCAGUCGAUUAGAGUUCAUAGAUAUUCUGUAUGCGGGAUAUGAUGGAGUUUCUAAAAACGUAACAUCAGCCCUGUGGAUUGAGGGUGUUCCUCCGAUAAUGAAUGGCUUACGAAUAGAACGGAGUGCUCGAGAUGGAAUGUACUUAUAUGAGAGUUCAGGUCCUAUUUUAAUUGCAAACUCAACGUUCUCAUUCAAUCGUGGACAUGGUAUAGCUGUAGAUAACACCACUGAUGCACGGUUGUUCAUCAAUAUGACAAGAAUUGAAGGAAACUGGGGUGACGGAAUAUGGUACAAGCAGAAGAUUGGCACAAACUUGUUGAGCCAUGGAAUACGUUCUCGAAGAGAAUUGAAUAUUUAUGACGAAGAGCAGCCAAGGCUUGAUAUUUGUGAUAAGCAUGAAUUACCUUCCAAUCUAUUCUUUCCUCAUCUCAUAUCAGCUCAUUUGGCAAAUAAGACUUUGGUUGAUCCCAGCUUGCCGUCGCCCUGCUGGAUAGCUGUAUUUCUUCCACCUCGUCUACCUUAUACAUAUUCGUUGCAAUUCCUGUCUGUCCGAAAUCGCAAUCCUCCUCAAACCGUAACAUCACUUGUUGUUUGUGAUGCGACAGAUGAUCACCAUGGGUGUGCUCUAGAGAGACAUCGUAUACCUAUUCAUGAUGGGAUAUAUCCUCAAAGUUUGAGCAUAAAGAGCUCUGGACAACCUAUGUUUGUGUCUUUAGAGCAUAGUCUGGAAGGUAACAAUGCUGGUUAUGUUGCCGGAGAUGUUGAUCUGCUCUUCCGUAUUCAUGCUUCAGUUAUGGACAAAGCAUACUAUGGUUUGAACGUCACUAACUCUAUCAUAUAUAAUAACACGGGAAACGGCAUCCAAUGUUAUGAUAUUCGAGAGAGAACUGCAGUUUCUAACGUAACAAUCGGCAAAAAUCAGGGAAUGGCUGGAUUUCUUGUGAAGAGUGGAGCUGCUGACAUUUGGUUCAACGAAACCCGAAUUGUUGAUAACUGGGGUGAUGGCAUGAAUGUGACUUUUGCUGGAGGAUCCGUAAUGGUUAACGGCACUAGAAUUGAGAGGAACCGUUGGAGAGGAGCGGCAUUCCAUUUCAAUGACACGUCUCCUUUUCUGGCUAUGCAUAUGGAGUUCAUAUUCAAAGGAAGACCCUCGAACAACAUCUUCUAUCUCCCGACAGUUGUCGCGCAAAACGAGUGGGGAGGUAUUCUAGUUGGCAACUUCUGCAUCCCGAGUAUUCGACAUAUAGAACCGAAGGUUCUCAUUAACUGGGUGGAAAUGCUUGGAAACUUUUACCAUCCAGCUUUGGAAAUCCAUUCAUGUCGUGGCGAGCAUUCUGCUCGAACAUUGGUUGAUAUAACUGGAAAUAGAAUUGAAGGUAACCAAGGGAUCGGAGUUCGUAUUUCACCUGCUGUGAAUAUGCAUACUGUCAUAAGCAGUAAUCAAUUUUUGAAUAAUAAUGACACAGCUCUGUUGAUAAAGAAUUCGGAGCAGCCGUGGCUUUGGAGGCUAGGAUCGAAUAUCACAAUUUCAAAAAACUCCUUCAAAUUCAAUCGUGCCAAGUAUAUCAUUUCGAUUGGAUUGAACGAGGAUGCUCCAGGACAGAAACUUAUUUUCAAUCAACAAAACGAAGUGAGAGAAAACAUUGUUUUUAAUCCAUCACCACAUCUUCGUCCUCGAACGUCACCAUACGCUGCUCUUGUUGUAUCAAGUAGUAAUGUGGUCAUUCAUCGAAAUUGUUUCAAAAACCCACAAGCUGAGUAUGAGAUAGCUACAGAGUUAGCAGCUCAUGCCAAAUGGAUUGAUGCUCGGGAGAACAAUUGGGGAACACCUAGUGUUGCCACGUUCAUGAGAAAAAUAUUUGACCAGUUUAAUCGAUAUUCGCUAGCUUCAAUUGUUGUGGAUCCCUACGCUGCAGUUUGUAAUCAACGUAAUCCUCAUAUUACACGAUUGCAAGAGUAUUUCCGAGAGUUCCGACAUGACGCCGAACCAUUCCAACUUGGUGGUGCUAUUUAUGAAAAUCAUGACUUGCCCCCGGGCAGAUAUACGGUUAACGAUGACUUACAUGUGGUUUCGGGUGCCAAAUUGACUGUGGCCCCGGGCUCUAUCUUUGAGUUCAAAGAUAGUGUUGGAAUGCUUGUACAAGGAGAGCUUCUACGGACAGAAUUUUUCGGGCACACGAAGAAAGUAAUAUUUACCGCAGCUCCUUUCAUCCAGCCCAAAGUUUCUAACAUUCGUUUGGUUGAUGAAGAUGGAAGUGAUCAGGUUAUAGAAGGAAGACUGGAAGUUCUUGUUGACGAUGAAUGGGGGACAGUUUGUAACAGAUCGUGGACAGCCACUCAUGCCAGAAUGGCUUGUAAUCAGCUUGGACUCAUUAUGGAUCCAGAAUUUUUCGAAAACUGGAGGACGUUUCCGGAAAAGGGAGACUUACCGAUCAGGAUGGAUAACAUACGCUGUGAAGAAAACGAAGUCGAUAUCACGCGAUGUCGUCAUGAUGGAGUUCUACACAAUGUUGCAGCGGGUUGUCGUCCAACUGAAGUUGUUGGUCUUCGAUGUUUUGAACCUCGUUGGGCCGGUGUACGCUACUCUCUGUUGGCUAGUCCUCCUGCUGUGACAGGGCAGACAACGAUGAACAACUGGGUUAUCGAGAAAGCUGGCUCUUUCGACUUCAAAGUUCCUGAAUUUUCCGCCGCUCUACAAAUUGACUGGAAUUAUCACACGUUUCAUAACUUGGAAGUCAAGAACAACUUCUGGAAUGGAAUCGAUGUAGUUUACAAUGAUUUAACGAAGAAGCCGGCGAUUAGAAACAGUGUGAUCACCAACAAUCGAAGAAACGGUGUCCACCUCCGCUCAGCAGGCAUAACUAUAGAAGAGGUUACUGUGAGUCAAAGUGGACAAGCUGGAUUUCGGUACAACCCCAAAGUAUCUUCUUCCUUACAGCAAGAUAUUGUUUCUUGGCUAGAACUCCGAGAACAACCUGAGCUAGAAGCCAAUAACGUUUUCAUAAUUCCUAACACAACUCACUCAAGAAUUCAAGUUUUCGAAAGCCAGUUGAACCAACGCAAGUUUUUAGUUGCCAAAGAAACAAGUGAUUGUCCUGCAGUACCUAUGGAGAUGUGUAAACAGGAGAUCGUACUGGAAUCAAUCGGCUUUGAGUAUGGUUUAGCAUCGAAGAUAGCUGUACAAUUAGUUAAUCCUGUGUCUAACAUUUCUGACGAAGAUGCGGUCUUCUAUGAUUCUGGGAAUAGAAUAUGGAGUGCUCGACGAGACUCUAUCCAUUUCCCAAUAGUAUCUAACUCAAACCAACUUCGAAUGACUUAUACAAGAUCAUACGGAAAGCCGAGGCUUAUUCUGCUGAUAUUUUUUUUGGAUGCUCAGGAGUAUUUGGACCGUUUUGUUCAUGUCUAUCAGUCCAGGGUGGAGGAUAACCAAUAUGGAGUAUCUUCAGUUCAUUACAGCAAUCUAUCCUUCGCUGACGGAACUCUAACCAACCGUUGGAACAAUGAAAAAAUUUGGUUCCAGAAAGUCAACUUCACUCGCAAUUCGGAAGCUGUGAUGUGGAUACAUGCUCCACAGCAUGCUGUCGUCCCCGACACCCCGAUUGCGGAGAUAACUUACCAUCUGGAUAAUUGCUCUCUAGUUGAUAAUUCUGGACCAGUUAUCGAGACACACCGUGAUCUCUUCGCUUCAGCAAAUGUAUUUCACUGGAAUAUUUGGUCGAAUACAUUUGCCAAUAAUACCAACAGUGGAAUAGCUAUUCGCUUGCCGGACAUUUAUGAUCUAAGAUCAAAACAGCAACAUACUUUCUGGAUGACUGAGAAUCGCUUUGAGCAGAACAACGGUUUCCGAGUACUACUGGAUGGAUACUAUGUAUUCGCUAACAUUUCAUCGAACAACUUCACCGAUAACUAUGCAAGAAAGUCAUCUGGUAUAAUGGAGUUGAGUGGAAUGGAGAAGACGGUUUAUAUGGAGCGUAACAGAUUCCUAACCAACUGGGGACACUGGAUGGUCAAAUUUGAUAUCAAUUCGCAAUAUUUGCAAAAAGUUAACGUUCCAGCUUAUGUCCAAUAUAACUACUUCCUCCACAACCAUUUCAUUAAGACAUCUGAAGAUUAUGUGGAUAUGUGGCCAAGAUCGUAUGCUGUCGGUGUAUUUGGAUCACAGCAUGUUGACAUUCAUUACAAUCGUCUUCGAAACAAUCUCAUGGACUUUGAACUUGUUUCUGGCUGCAAGUAUCAAGAUGUUUAUGCUACAAUGAACGUUACAUUCAAUUGGUGGGGCAUGGGUAAUGAAGCUGAAAUAGCUCAGAGAAUAUUUGAUUUCGAUGAUUGGAACAGCUAUACGCUUGCUGACUACAGUCCAUUUUAUGUGACCUAUGAGCAUUUCAUAGAUUUCUGGUGGGACUUCAGAGGUCGCAAGGGUCAACUAGCCAAUGCUACGAGAGUUGAACCAUCUGUGUAUGACUUGAAAGGAAGAAUGUUUGAUUCAAAGAACAUGACUCUGAUAAAAGAGAAAUGGCACAACUUCCCUCAUUAUUAUAAGCCUUAUCGUCCAUACCGAAUCACAAGAGACUUAACCAUAAUGCCGGGUGCUACAUUAAACAUUGAGAGAGGAGUAGAAGUGCAUGUCUGGCCGAACGUUCGAAUCUUAGUUCUCGGUGACUUAAUUGCUGACGGAACGUAUUGGGAGCCUAUUAGGUUCAAACCUAUAAAUACGACUGAGUUUGAUGAAAUCAGAGGUAAAAUUGGAACAAGAUAUAAGAGAAGCAGUGGUGUGAGGUUACGCAACAAAAGAAGCAAUGUGGAACUUCGGAUAAAUGAUUUCAUCCGGAAGAAACGAGCUAACAGGGCUCGACCAGAUGUCGUAUAUAAAGAGUUCCCUAUACUGUACCGAGAAGAUCCAUACUACCAAAAGUUUGAUGUUUUGUUAACAAGUAACAGCUCGGAAUCCGAAAGAAGUGGUUUCCUUAUGAUUCAUAAUGCCACAACAGGAGAAAUUGUAGCUUCAUGUGAUCGCCAAUUCACAAUUCGGAAUGCGCAGGUUGUUUGUCGACAGCUAGGAUAUCCAACUAUGAACGCUUAUCAUUGGAUUACUCCUUACUGGGAUUAUAAUCCUCAAAUUCAUAUUAGAAAGACGUAUAUGGAACCUAGAGAAUGCAGAGGAAAUGAGCCAAGCUUCGACAAAUGCAACUUGCGCUUAACUGGAAAUGAUUCGCAAUGGAUGUGCAUGGACAACGAACAUUUCAAUUAUAUCUAUUGUGGACUCAAUGUAUCCUUGAAUAGCGAUUAUAUCGGAAACUGGGGAGGCAUAACCUUUGGACGUGGAAACUUGGAACUAAAUUCUGGAACUCAUAAAGAUAGUUCUAUUCUUCGUAAUGUGGAAGUAGUUGGGGGAGGAUCUGGCCACAACGAUUCUUGGCAAUCUGCUGGGCUGCAAAUCUUCUAUCGGUCUCCUGUUUUGGAUCAUGUGAAUGUCACAAACUCCAGCAUGCACGCUGUUCAAAUAGUUUCACCUCAAGAAAAAGUCAUUUUGAAUCAUAUGAAUGUCACACACAAUCGUGGUCAAGGAAUUGCAAUUGUCACAGCUAAUCUGCAAGUUCCUAAUGCAAAUGCUGACGCUCCUAUAAGUCCUCUUAAUAUACCUUAUAAUGCUCAAGGUAUAUUAGAUAUGUGCUCAGCUGUGAAAAACCGCACUGUGUUGAAUAGAAUCUUAGUGUAUUAUAAGUAUGAUUCAAUGCCUGUUGACUGCGUGAAAAUAUUUACAUCGCCUGGGCGAAAACUUUCCUUCCGAUUCUUACAGGUCAAUUUAUAUUCGAACCCUGUUGAUCUUGGAAGGGCAGAUGCCUUAAGGGUUUACAGCUCUGAUAGCUUCCUGCCAUCAACAUUACUAGCUGAAUACAGGACAGACAUUGAAGCAACUCCUUUCUCUCAGUCUGUCUCCGCUGAAACAGUCUCCCUUCAUCUGCGUGCUACUGCAUCAGAUGGAAAUUAUGGAUUCCUUGCAGAAAUAUCUGCCACACCAAGCAGUCCGGAUUCACAUCCGAUAGAUGAAGUUGUGAUCAGAGCUUCUCGGAUAGAUCAUAACGAUCGGGGAGCCAUUGAUUACCAAAACAGUGGGGAAAUGAGUCCGAACGUCAUCAUUGAAAGUUGCUCCAUAAGCUACAAUGGAAUUAACCUAUUCGGGAACGUUUCAACUACUCAUCAAGCUGUUCAGCUUCAGCUUCACAACACAAUGGUUCUGCUUUUCCGAGGAAACUCAUUAGCUCAUAACCGUGGUGGUCUGUUAGUUUCUGCAAAAUCUUCCUCCGCUGUAGCUCGUUUGACGGCUAUUAUAAAAAACAACCUAUUCUCUUGGAAUUCUAAUUCCACGACAAUAGCGUUCGUUGGUAAUAACUAUCAAAUGGUAACUAUGAUCAACAACGUGGUAUCCAUGAAUUAUGCGUUGUAUCAUGAUACUGUGCUUGUGCAUGACAUGUCGCUCAAUAUGACGAAAAAUGUUUUUUCAUAUAAUACUGGAUUACAUACUGUGGACACUCAUGGUUACUCGAGGAUUACCUCGGAGACACAAGUUUUCCUUUACAACAACUUUGACGAUAACUUAGCUUUGGGUCAUGGACAUCAAUACAAAGAAGCUUUCGGUUAUCAGCCUUUGGAAGAUCAUGAUGAAUUUUUACGAAGACCCAAGCGUCAAGUUCUGAGUCAACAAGGAAUCUCAUACGAUUGGUGGACACAUGUAGGAACAGAAACUGAACGUUAUCGAUCCACUAUCUUAGCGGGAACUGCGAACCAACAAUACAAAGGAAAUGUGUUCAAUAAUCCUAGGAACAGCUAUGAGUUAGCUGCUGCACGCCAGACACAAUAUGAUAUGGGAACAGUCAACGCUAGACAGAACUACUGGGGAUACCCCGGAACUGACGGAGUAGCCGCUGGAAAAAUUGUUGAUCAUUCGGACUAUCCUUACCUUUUACGGGUCGACUAUCAACCUGUCUUGGAGACGAACACUUCUUUGGUUCAGGGAAAUUGCCCGGCUGGCUGGUUUACAGGCGGUCAUACUGAAUUUCAAUCGUGUUAUCUAUUUGUGGGUGGAGCAGCUACUUACAGCAGAGCUGUAGCAUACUGUGAAGAGUUGGGUGCUUUUGUUCCAUAUCUACGCGCUGAAGAUGCUCGGCAGAAAGCGUUAGCCAAUCGUCUCGAUGAAAUGGCUACUCAGUUUGUUACAGAUCAGGAGAGAUUCUCUUCAUUUGAGAUGCCCUCAGAUACCCAUGUGUGGAUUUCUUCUGCUCAUAUUCCUCCUUCUCAUUGUGGAUGGUUGAGUGCUCGGAAUGGUAAAGUCGGAAGUGUUAACUGCAAUAGUCUGCUACCCUUCCUUUGCGAGAGAGGAAUCCAAACGUAUGAUGAUCCGAUUAUGUGGAGAAGUGGUACCAUUAUUGCACUGGUUAUUGUUGCGAUACUAUUCGCAUUGGUGUUCCUAUUCGGCUUGUGUUGGUGCGUAAAAUCACAUCGACGAAAAGAAGAAACGAUUGAGAGGAAGAAGAUCAUUAGAGCGAGUAUAAAGCUGCAAAGAAAAGCACAGCAAGAAAGUAAGAGAUGGGGACUUGCAGGUGCUCCAAGUCAUCACUCAGCAAUGGGAAGUGUUCAUGGCAGUACAAUAAAUGCCUAUGGAGAUUCCUUUGGAGCGAGCCGAACCAAUGCUCGUUCUGGAACUACUAGAUCUCCUACGGAAACAGAAAGAACUAGCUGUUCUGCAACUUCCACAGAAAGAACAUAUGAGAAAACAUACAUGGAUACAUCUAGAGCUGAUCAAUCUGCUACUUCCUAUACAAGAGGUAGCUCAGCGUCAAGAACUACUGAUGAAACAUAUACGGUUCGCAGUGGCGAUUAUUCCGACUCCACUUACUAUUCUACUAGAACACCUAGAAGGAGUAGAGUGAAUCAAAAUCCAAAUCCGUAUGCCGAGAUCCCUACAAUGCAUACCUUCCAAUCUCCUAAUAGGAAAUCUAUGAGACCUGUCUCUAUGAGUGAGAUUCGUUUACGUGAUGGGAGUAGCUUAUCGUCUCCAAGAAGCUCAGCUACUCCUUGUUCCACAUGUCCAACCGAUUCAGAGCGUGAUUCUACAUUAACGGGUGAUUCAUGGCCAGAACGAACUGUUGCCAUUCCAGAAAGUACCGUGUGA